UGUUUAAGAAGAGGGUAACAGGUUUCUCCUAAAGGCAACUAUGGUGCUAUUUCAGGCUGCCCGUCGGUUCCCUGCCGGUGAUCACCCAGAACCCCUCACAGUGCAAGGAGCAGAAGAGAGGACAAGUUCACAUUGUCCUGCUCCACGUCCCGCAACACUGUCACGUGACCUCCCUGACCUGAACUGACCUCAACUGACUUCACAAGCAUGCAGUCCUCGGACAGUGACGAGGAUGUUGAUUCUCCCGACGGGCCUGGGUCAUCCCACAUCCCGCCCAGCAUCUACGUCAUCAAGUUCAGAGAUGGCUUAGCGAGGGAGGCAGUCGAGUGGUUAAUUGAGAAGAUAGAGGCCAAGCACAAGUAUGGAGGAGCCGAACUGCUGGUUAGAUGCGAGCCACAGAAACAGGGGCAGGGAGUGUCUGUGCAUGUGUCGGCAACCAAGAUCAAACUCCUGGAGGUGGCGGAGUCGGUGGAGCUCCAGAAGAAGGCGGGGAGUGGGCUAAUACAGGAAUUCAGCGUCCGCGACCUGGACCAGUUCCUAUAUCCGGGUCAGACUCUGGACACCGUCUUGACCCCAGCUGAGAGGGAGUUCUGCGUCAGGCACCAGCUGGACGCCAUCAGGGCCAAGCAGGAGGAAGGGCACGUCCCUGGGUAUCCGGAAAUCAAGCUCUUCCCUGGACAAUCCUUGGUGAGCGUGUACUUGGCGGAGGACCUCAUCACGGACAUGUUCCCCCUCCACGAUCGACAGGUCUUGGAGAACCUCGCGUCAAGAUGGUACAAAGCCAUUUUUCAAGCGGCGUCUUUCGGGUCACUUUUGCCACAGAUCACACUGCCUACCAUCUCUUUACCAUUCCCCAAAAGAAAAGAUGUACAUGAUGACUAUGCUGAUGCUCCGGGCCGUGGAGAGUCUGCAUAUACAGAGGAGAUCAGAGCCUACUUUGGAGAAUCAGUAGCCAUGUACUUCAGCUUCCUCGGCUUCUACACCAUGGCCCUGGCUCUUCCCGCCGCCCUGGGCCUCCUGCAGAUGGUGCUCUCCGUCGACACCCUGACGGAGUACGCCCUCUUCGCCGCCUUCAACCUGCUGUGGGUCACCGUCCUGCUGGAGUUCUGGAAGCGUCGGUGCGCUGAGCUCGCCUACUCGUGGGGGACGCUCGACCGGGUCACUCCAGAAGAGUCCAGACCGAACUUCCGCGGGGAAAUGAGACAGCACCCCAUCACAGGCCGCUUCGAGCCCACCUACCCGCCCUGGAAGACAAGAAGCAAGCUGUACUUCGUCUCGGCCCCUGCAGUAUGCUUAUGCGUCCUGGGUUCCCUGUGGAUGAUGGUGGUGGCUUUCUGGGCCGAAGAACAGCUCAUGGACUGGAAGAAACGUUACGGCUCCCUCGCAGGAAUCUUCAUGCACGUGCCUUCUGCGUUAUACGCUGGCCUCGUCUGGCUCAUGAAUUUCUACUACAAGAAGCUGGCCACGGCGCUGACGGAAUGGGAGAACCACCGCUCACAGAAGGACUAUGACUGGCAUCGGGUCUGUAAGCUAGUUAUUUUCGACUUUGUGAACAAUUUCUCUUCUCUCUUCUACAUCGCCUUCUACAUCCAAGAUAUGGAUAUGCUUUGCUCGCAAGUGGCAACCAUGUUGAUUGUUACUCAGAUGAUCAACCAUUUCCAAGAGGCACUUCUCCCGUACGUCGUGAAGAAGGCGUACGCACAGUUUUCAGAGCGCUUGGCGGCGUUCCUGCGCCAGCACCCUCUGACGGCCAAGUUCUUCCACCGCGUCGUGAAGUCGGUCCACACCGCCCCGCCCGAGGAGGAGCCCGUGCCGGUGCUCGCCCUCGACCCCAAGGACCCGAGAAUCACGCAGGCCAAGGAGGAGGCGGACUUGGAUCCCUAUGAGGAUGCGUACGAAGACUACCUCGAAAUGUUCCUCCAGUUCGGCUAUGUCUUCCUCUUCUCCUCCGUGUACCCGAUGGCUGCGUUCUGGGCGGUUCUCAACAACAUUCUGGAACUGAAAACCGAUGCCUUCAAGCUCUGUCGCAUCUACCAGCGGCCUCGUGUCAAGAAAGUUGGUUCUAUCGGGGUCUGGCAGGGUGCCUUCGAGAUGCUUGGUGCCGUGGCUGUGAUCACGAACUGUGCCCUCCUGUGCCUCUCUCCCCGAGUCCGUCCCUUGGCACCGUCCGCAUCUCCUGUCGAGUGGGUUCUGAUCUUCGUCCUGCUGGAACACAUCAUCUUGUGCGUUAAGAUGGCGCUGAUGUGGCUGGUGCCGGAUGAGCCUCUUUGGGUACGCGAGGCCCUUGAAAAGAUCAAUUAUCAGUCCAAGCUCGCACUCCGAAAUGAGCGCGGAAAGAAGACCAGGCGGCACCUCUCCCGCAGAUUCCGCAGCGUGCACGGGAUGCCUCGCUCUGGGUCCCGUUCUCGCGGCACGACCCCCGUAGCCCAGAACGGCGGGGUCCGGCACCGCACGCCAUCUAGGGACUACCGCGAAUACUAGGACGGGUGUUUUCGCGGUUGCAAAGGCCUAAAUGGAUUUUGCUGGCAAUUAUCUAUCUAGUCUAUUGUAAAGUCUCUCUUCUUUUGACUACAGGAGCCGGGAUAGGGAACUUUUCUUCGUCUGUUUUUGAAGAAGGGGAGGUGUUUGGGUAAGGGAGGUAUGUGCCGUUUUCUUUUCUUUUUUAUCAGGGUGAAGAUGAUCAUGAGAGGUUUGUGAUAAUUGGAUAGACGUCUGGAUAUCGUUGUAUUCCACUUGAUUAUCAUUGCCAGCCUGUCAUUUAUUACAGGAUUGUCAUCAUCAACCUGUCAGUUAUCAAAUGUUUAUCAUGACCAAUCUAUCAACCUGCCGGCAAUUAUCAUUCAACUUUUCACAUGCUUCGCCUCGAUAAAAAGAAAACGGAGCUUAUGAUGCAAACACGUGGUCGCGUUCUCAAAGGGAUGUAUAAAUAUUUCUGUGUUAGGAAUGUGGGUGAAUGAGUGAAACAUAUGCACAUUUCUAACUGCGAGUUGUAUAAUAAUUAUGUCUUACCUUCGUCAUGAUAGGACAUGCCGCAGCCCCGAGGAAAAUAUAUUGAGGGAGAAUUCAUAUAAACUCGUUUCUCGUUUAUUUAUACAUCAAAGAAUUGCAUUUCCUCUCCGAAUAACAGUGUGAUAAAGAAGAGAAGGCAACAAAGAGAGAAUUUUGGCCAUUUUUUCAGAACUGACGAGGGAUAUUAAAGAUAAAAAACCAAAAAUGUUUUCCCCGCCUCCUUGUCCAAAGAACGUGAUUAUGUACAUUAUGAGAUUGAUACAUCAUCGAUGUCUGUCAAGUCCUGCUUUUUUUGUGUCAUGGAGUUUGUUUCUCUGUCUGUCCUUCGAGUACUGUUAUUCUCUGUUCACCUUGUAGUAGAUUUUAGAACGAUUGUUAACAUAGCCAUUCACAACUCACGCUUAACUAAUGUGUUCAUCCCGACUCUCUACUUCCAAUGUUGCUCAAGAGACCAUGGGCUUUUUACGUGCUAACUCCAGAUGCUACACGAACGUAUGUGUGUUUUGAGUUCACGCAUACAGAGCUGCGCUAGUUUAUAGUAUGUAUGGACUUCCCCGUUAUACUUCGCAUGUGAAACUGAUGUUGAUAUAGUGCAAUAGCUUCGAACCACAUUUCUUCAUGAAUACAGGACUGACAUGUGUGUAUAUAUAAAUUCUAAAAAUAUAUGUGUAAUUUUGAGAUAUCAAUUUUCAUUUUUUUUUUAAUAUUUAAUCUCAAUCAGGUACUUGGGAAGGAAUGUGGUAGUCGAAACGUGAACAUUUUACAUAUUGUUCUUAUUGUGAUGAAGGAUAACAUUACUAGUCAUUAUCAAGGAUUAACAUUUUUAUUUACAAGUGUCUAUUCUGCUGACAUAAACAAGUUCCCACAUUACACAGAGCAGGAAAAAAGAAAGUGAAAACCUAUUGUAAUUUAUGAUCUACUGUACUCCUGAUGCAAUACAAGAGGAAAUACUGUGAAAAAUAUUAUACUGAAUAAAAUGUAACGUAGAAGUUU